AUGGUUGCAUUGUUCGUUUUUGAAACAUGUGCCUCCUUACAUUACUUAGAAGACGAACAUCCAAUUGGUGCAAGUAGAUUUACGAGAACAGCUCGAAAUGUCAAAUUACCGACUUACCUCUCCCCGAAUGAGGUCAUUCUUCACAGAGGUCAGACUCAGCACAUCCGAUGCCCCAGUUACAUCAAGGGUGAACGAGUGAGCCUAGUGUUCUGGUUCAAAGGAGAACAACUCCUAGCCCGCUAUACCCAUCCCAAAGUUGGCAGUAGUUACGCAUCGAGCGAUCGUUAUCGGAUGUCCCACUCGCAUGAUUUGAUCAUAAGUCAUGUCGACAUGAGGGACCAGGGGGAUUAUGUUUGCAGUGUUGUCCCCACGGCUACUGCGUUACAGAGGAGGCAGUCGAUUUCCGUCACUGUCAUGACUGAUGUCCCGAGCUUUAAAGAGGCCAUGGACCUUACAGAAGGCGAGGUCUACGUACACCGGAACCAGACUCAUCACAUUCAAUGUCCAAGCUACAGGGAAGGGGAGUCCGUGAGUUUAGUCUUCUGGUUCAAAGGAGGACAACUUAUAGCCCGCUUCGCCAACCCAGCAGUUGGCACUAACUUUAUUUCGAGUCGUCGUUACUGGAUGUCCAGUUCGCACGGGUUGGUCAUAUACCAAGUUCAAUCAGCUGAUGAAGGAGACUACGUGUGCGGUGUGGUGCCGAGUGCGACAGGGUUGCAAAGGAAAGGGUCAGUGCGAGUUACUGUGUUAGUUGGAUCAACAAUGGAGAGUGCGACCAGUGGGAACGUUGACUACAGUGACGAAAUAACUCAUCAGGAAAUAACUCAUACCGUCCAAGGCAAUACACCUUUAGCUUACGAUUCCAUAGCUCUCUCGGCAGAAAAGCUUCCAGACGUCUCAGCUGUGCAGUCUGCCGUUCCUGCAGUAGUAUGUACGCUAGCUGUCAUAGUCCUCAUAGGCAUAUGCAUUGUCGUCUUGGUGAAGAUGAGACAAAGCAACAUGAAUGAAGCUGAGGACAGUGAACAGAAACAUCAAGAUGCAUCUAAGGGUUCCACACACGACUCCAAAGCCGAUCGGAGUACCACACCCAAAGAACGGGCCACGAGGGUGGCUCACCGGACAGACACUGAAUAUGCUGCUGUCGUCGACAUGCCUCAAGAUAGACCUCAAGGUUCCACAGAAAAUUAUUCAGCUGACAGAAGUGAAACUUGUACAGCCGUUUAG